AUGUCUUCCGCUCCCGCCAAGUACGAAUUCCUCUGCAUCCUGCCGGAUAAGCCUGGCGCCCAGGCAAAGCGCCUGGAGGUCCGCCCUUCUCACCUGGAGGGUGUGAAGCCUCUAGUUGCUGCUGGCACCGUUGUCGUCGGUGGUGCCAUGCUUGAGUCCCACCCUGCUGAGGGCGAGGCUCCUAACUUCAAGGGCAGCAUGAUUCUCGCCGUGGCUGAGAACGAGGCUGCCGUCCGCGCUAUUCUGGAGAAGGAUAUCUACAGCGUCUCUGGCGUGUGGGAUCUGGAGAAGGCUCAGAUUAUCCCGUUCAAGUCUGCUGCGCGUGUGCCGCUGUAA